UUUCAUGAGUGGGUUGUUUUAGCCCUGGUGUUUACUAACUUACUGGGUGUUUUUGGAACUACUGCAUGGAGUAAUUUAAAUAAGUAGUAUCAUAUAAAAAGUCCUAGCCUUAAAACCUGUCACAGCUCUGCUCACAGCUGUCAUUUAUGGUCCUAGACAUCUGGAGACAGUACGAUUGCUAAGCACACUCCAGCAGCUAGCAAGCAGUGUGCUGUGUAGCAGUGCGCAGAGCCUCCCAGCCUCUGCCAUCAGCUCCGUGCACUGGUUGAGCUCCUGUGAGUGGGAAUGGAUGAGACAGAUCAAGUCAGCGGUGGCUCCCCUGCACAGUCUGUUAGCUUUUGUGGCUGUGGAUUUAUCCUCGGUUAUGAGCUAGGAGUUAUUCAGGCCCUGCAAGAAUUAGCACCUGAGAUGCUGGGAUCGGCAGCCAAAUUCUUUGGAAUAUCAAGUGGAGCAAUCGCAGCUGCAGUAUUGGCCUGUGGUGGCAACCAAGAAAUUGUGGAUGAAAUUUACUCUGAGGUAAUGGAAAAAAGUAAGAAAUCACUCCUCGGCCCCUACUCUCCACGUUUUCAUUUCCUUAAGCUCUUGGAAAAGGGAUUGCGUAAAGGCCUGACCGAAAACUGUCACCAGCUGGCCUCAGGGAGACUUCAUAUUGGUCUCACACGUCUGCCAGAUGGCCAGAAAGUUGUAAUUUCAGACUUCUGCUCAAAGGAGGAGGUCAUUCAGGCAGUGCUCUGCAGCUGCUUUAUUCCGGUUAUUUGGGGAUGGAUCCCUCCUUCCUUCCGAGGCGUGCGAUAUAUUGAUGGAGGAUUCACAAGCCUGCAUCCCCUCUCUGACCCAGAAACUACAAUUUACGUAUCACCAUUUGCAGGAGAGAAUGACAUAUGUCCAAGAGAUUGUCCAGCUGCUUUCUACUCUAUCAAGGUCCUUGACUUCAGUUUUCAGAUCUCAGUUGAGAACUUGUGCAGGAUCUCCUACGGCAUAUUUCCUCCUUUAUACCUGGACCCAACAGUGGUCUGGACUCCUGGAUUGCAGGCAUAUUGGGAUCUUGAAAGGAACCUACGUGAAAUGUGGAACCAAGGAUACCAUGAUACCAUUUACUACUUGCAGAUGAAAAAGCAGCAACUCUUGUACUAA